UAUUCUACGGAAAUGAGCGAACUAGGCUUUGAGGAAUACGUAAUUUCGAUUAAUGAUGAAGGCUCUGCACGAGACCACCGAAUUUCGAUUAAUGAUGAAGGCUCUGCACGAGACCACCGAAUUUCGAUUAAUAGUGAAGGCUCUGAAGGCUCUGCACAAGACCGAAUUUUGAAGGAUUACGUACAUUCAAAAAAAAUAAUAACAAGUCUUGUUUACUCACCAAAUAUGAGAUAUAUUGCAACCUCGAGUAAUAAAUAUGAUAAUAUGGAAAAUUCAUCCGAAGAAUAUGAUCAAUCUGUUUGCGUGUGGGAUUUCGUGGAAAGGGAAAGAGGAGCUAAUUCAUUUAACCUUAACCGUUUAACUUCACGCUGGAAACUAAAAAGAGUUUCAGAUUGCAAACAUAUUCUCUUAAGUAUUGAUAGAAAUAUUCCUUACGACCUUGAAAUAAUUGAUAUCACAACCGGGUCAAAGAAAACAUUGAAUACUCAAGGUUUAAAAGGAAGAACUUGCGAAGCUACAUUUCUUAAAGAUGGAAAAUUAGUAGUCGUUAAAGGGGAUCCUGCUUAUCGGGAAAGCUUGCUGGUUCUCUUAGAUAAGCCUUUACCCCCGAGUAUUCGUGAUUUUGAUGUAAAUAAUUAUGAUAUGCGCAUUUGCAUUUUACUAAAUGGGAAAAAAUCAUUAUUGGCAAUAUCUGGAAAAGUAUUAAAAGAAAUAUUAGAAACGAUAGAAAACACUUUGGAGCGGUAUGGGUCGAGUGAGUUUAUUGCUCAAGAUUUUGCAGAGAAUACUGAUCAGCUAUAUUUUGCAGAGAAUACUGAUAAGAUAUCUAUUGCAGAGAAUACUGAUAAGCUAUCUAUUGCAGAGAAUACUGAUCAGCUAUAUCCAUGGAGUGUUGAGUCUUCUGAGAGAAAUUUUUUAUUAUCGGUUAUCCAUAAUAAGAAGACUGGGACAGAGAUUAAGACUGAGACGAUAAUAUCCGUCGAUGAACUUACAAAAUAUGUUAGGAAAGUGAGAAAUGAGACAUAUGAUGAAGAAGAAGAAGAUUCAUCGAUGCCAUAUUUGUCCAAUGCUAUUAUAAAACUUACCAGGUGCGAAAAAAAUGUUGAUAAAAAGAUUAAUGAGUUGGACAAAAAUAUUAAAAAGUUAGAUAAAAAAUUUGAUGAAAUUAUCGAAUUUAUCAAAUCAGGAGGAAAAUAA